CUGGCGGCCGCGGCCGGCACGGAUGUGGCCAGGGGCUAUGUCUGGGUGUUGGCGGAUCUCACUAGCAGACACACCAUCGGCACAGAGAUCGAGGGCGGCGCGCAGGUGUUACGGACGUCCAGGGGCCCCGACCACCUCGUGCAAUUGGGCCUGGAGGACAGUAGCGAGACCAACGGGUCGCAGCACACGGUGGGCUGCCCGACGGCGCCCGUGAUAUCCAAGUGUGUGCUGCGGACUGGAGGGGUCCCUCACCUAUGGCUGCGCGAGUGGAUGCGUGAGAAGGGGAUCGCCGAGGCGGACCGGGUCACACACGAGAUGCGGACCCUCAUGAAGUCCCUCUGGCUUGCGGGAACGACGGACCAGGACAACAUCGGCGCCCUGCUGUGCAUCGGGACGAUAUGUCGGCACUGGGCGGGCAUCGUGGCGGCCUACGCCGGUUCAACCGAGCCUGCUUGUGACCUGACCCGCUACUUCACUGGCCAGAUGCUGGCCGAGGACGCAGUCGGCCCCGAGAUGCGCAGCUGCGUGCCCCGGCGGGCCGAGGAGGAGCGAGAGACCGAUGCUGGCGGGCUGCGUGGAUCUCCGGCCGAGUACGGCGUCGGUGGCUCUGCUGGCGACGGAGCCGACGGCGGAGGCGUAGAGAGCAGCUGGAGAUCGGAGUGGCGAAUGAGGCGGCCAGUGCACUUAAUUGGCUGGCAGGGUAUCGAGCGGGCGAAGUACCCCUUCCCAUGGAUGAUGCUCAGCGGCUUCUUCACGAGCGAGUUCGAGGAUUGGCAUCGGGCUGUUCAGAAGCUGUUCGACGUCGGCAUGGUCGGUUGGACUAUGAGCCCGAAGUGUCGGAUAGGGUUGUUCUGCGUUCUCAAGAGCGAUGGCAAGUCGCUCCGUUUGAUUGUCGACGCUCGUCGCGUGAACGAGGUUUUUGCUGACCCACCCGGGGUGGACCUGCUGACGGCCGAGGGCUUCAGCCGAGGCGAGGUGGCGCUGCCGGCCGGCAUGUCGCCACAGACCCCAGAGGCGGUGGAGUACCUCAGCAAGCUCAGGGAGCUCAGGAAGCUCAGGCUCGUGGCGGGCACGUCGGACGUGGCGAACUGCUUCCAUUGCCUGAGGCUGAGGCCCGAGAUGUCCGCGUACUUCGGCCUGCCUACGGCCCCCGCACACGUCUUCGGGCUCGAAGGGACUGCGACAGGACCGCCCUUGACGGCGUUGCCGCCAGAUACGGCCGCAGCUCAAGCACAGCGCUACGUGUACGUCGACAACCUCGGGAUCCUGCACACCAGGCGCUACGAGGUCGGGGAGGCCAUCUCGUCUUUGCAGCGACACUUCGCCGAAUUGGGUCUGGUUUUACACGAGUCCGCGGCGACCGACGAGACGUGCAAGACGCUGGGCGUCGAGCUGCUUGGCAGGGGGCUCCGAUCGCGAGUGACCUCGGAUCGAUGGUGGUUGAUCCGCCGAUCCAUCGAGGCUCUCCUUCGACGCCCAAAAUGCUCGGGUUGGGCACUGGAGGUUGUGGUCGGCCACUGCACCUUCGCCGGCCUCGCCAACCGAGGAUGCCUCUCGGCGUGGCACACGGUGCACGCUUUCAUGCACAAGUAUCGCGAUGGGGCCGGCCACCUCCGGGAGGAGUGCCUGCAGGAGCUUCGUGCGUUCAAAGGGCUCAUGCUGUUCCUGGAGGAGAGCGACUGGGCGCGGCCGUGGAACCCGAUGGCCUUCGAGACUGAUAGCUCCGUCGAGGAGAUGGGCAUCGCCAAGGCCACGUGA